AUGUCCAAUCAAGAAGACGCCUCCAAUUACUAUUCCUUCGCGCACCUCGGCAGCACGCAUCCCAGCUGGACAGGCCAUUUCCAACCUAAUCCUGCUGUAGAUGACAGUGCAGCAUCCGGCGCCCAUCCCCCAGAAGCGGGAGAUAACGACCCGGACGUCUACACCUUCGACGAUGCCAACGAGGUGGAUGACGAUGUUCAUGGGGACGAAAGCCCCGAUCUUCGAGUAGAAACCACCUCUUUCGAGAACGGCGAAGGGAGCACGAUAUAUGACCCCGAGAGCGGCGCAUACGACCAGAUGCUAGAUUACACGACUAACGCGCGAUAUGACGAAGCGUCAAGAUGGGACGAGACAUGUUCAUCGGGAGUAUGA